AGGACUGAAGGGCGUCGUCCACUCAUACCCUACCAUAUCAUCCAACAUAUGAACCAUUUGUAUAAUUGUCUCACUUGUGGACCAUUUCACUGAUUCUUUCACUUUUCAAACUUUUUGACAACUUUUGUAAAUACAGUGAAAGUUAUAUAUAUUUCAAUCGAUAAGCCAUUGGAUGAGUAUUGAGUUGGAGGUGGCAUACAGUGAAUCGGUUGUGACGCGUGUGCCAUCACUGCCAUCAUAAGCAUCCCUACCAUCACUACAAUCAGUGAAAGAUGUUGCGAAACGCGGACAUCUCGUACUCAACCUGUUGCAGAUCAUGUUUCCUUCGGCUCCCUUACGGCACGAUUACAUCGACUUUAUUGGCGGCCUUUGGACUCAUAAUGAGUAUCGUCUCUAUCCUCCACUCGACGAGUAUUGCCGAUCGACUCACUCAUGAUCUCAUCCGAAGAAAAUACUACUGGUUGAGUGACUUGAAGGUGUGGUACGUUGUGUUCACGGUCUUCGUGUCAGUGAUUAUUGUGAUCAAUCUGUUCAUCGGAUUCGCAACCACUGGAACGGCUGGCACUAAGAAAGGGAAGCCGUGUCGGACGUGUGGGUGCACCCGGGCGUCCACCACCUCGUGUCUCAUAAAGACUGUAUUUGUGGUCAAUUAUAUUCUCUUCUAUUUUCUGGUUUUGUUAACAAUAAUCGUUUUGUUAACUCUAUUCGUAUGCUAUGUAUUGAGUGAUCUCUGCAACGAAGGC